AUGGAAAUUACAUGUGAUAAUCAAAAUAGUAAUAAAAAUGAGAAAGAGAAAAAUAUAAUUUCCUCUACUUAUUCAAAUGAUAAGGAUAAAUUAAUAGAUAGUGUAUUUGAAGAAAGGGAUAUAAUACAACAUAAUACAAAUGAUGAUAAUUCCUUAAUGAAUGAUGACAUAAAGUUUUACGAUGUUAAUGGUAUAGAUGAUAUGAAAGAAGACAAUGAAAAUAUCUUCCUUUUUAAUGAAGAAGAAUAUUGUGAACAACUUUUAAUGAGAAGUGAUCAAAAUGUUUCACAAUAUGAAGAAGUAUAUAAUUCAUAUACAGAUGAUGAUUUGGAGAAAUUUUUUGAAGAUAAAGAAAAUAAUGAUAAUUGUAAAAAUAAAAAUUCAGUGGAAAAUGAAAUACAUACCUUACGAACAGAUAACCAUAAUGAUGAUAUAGUAAUAAAUAAAGAUGAUAUUAAAUCAUCAUUUGAAAAUAAGACAUUAAUUUAUAAAGAUAUUCAAUCAUCUUAUAUUGAUGAAAAAAAUAAUAUUAAUGGUACAUUUGAAAUAACCAAUAGUAUUAAAGAAAAUAAUGAAAAUGAAAAUGAAAAUAAAAAUGAAAAUGAAAAUAAAAAUAAAAAUGAAAAUGAAAAUAAAAAUGAAAAUGAAAAUAAAAAUGAAAAUGAAAAUGAAAAUAAAAAUGAAAAUGAAAAUAAAAAUGAUGAUGGCACUAUAUAUAGUAAAAAUGAAAAAAAAUCUUUUGAAGAAAAUUCAUCUGAUAUAAUUGAACAGUUCACUCUAAAUGAAGAUUGUAGAGAUACCAAAGAAUUAAGUAAUGAACAACACACCAUACUAUCCUUAAAUAGUAUUGAAACGAAUAAUUUUAUAGAUAAUAAACCACCUUUUGGUGAUGAUCAGAAAGAGGAUAGCGAAAAUAUAUUUUUCAGUGAAGGAGAACAUGAAAAUGUAACAAAAGGAGAAGAAGAAAAACAAGGAAUUGAAAAUGAAGAAGAUAAAAAAAAAGACAUAAAAAAAGAAAGAAAUGAUAAUGAAAUAUAUGAACUAUAUGAAGAAAAUGAAGAAAAUGAAGAAAAUAAAGAAAAUGAAGAAAAUAAAGAAAAUAAAGAAAAUAAAGAAAAUGGAAACCAUAAAAAUAAUAACAUAAAUGAAAUAAUAAAUAUAUCACAAGGAGAACAUAAUAAGGAAUAUAUGAAUCAUAUGAAUACAAAGCAAAAGUAUAUUGUUGAUAAUAAAAAUGAAGUGGACUGUGAAUUAAGUGAUAAACAUAUAGAAAAGAGUAAUUUAAUAAAAUCAGAUUUAAAUAAUGUUGAGGAACAUAAUAAUUCCCAAUAUAUUAAUGAAAAAGUAAAAAACAAUGAAUCCAAUAUUAAUAAUGAUAUACAUAUAAAAGAUGAUAUAAAAAAUAUCGAAUUUGAUUAUGAUGAAGAUGAUGAAGAUUUGAAAAGUGAAAAAUUUAAUAAGAAAUUAGAUAUUUUAAAUUAUUUUGAAAAUAAUGAAAAUCAAGAUAAUAUAAAUAAUUCCAAAUUUUUAUUAAAAAAAAAAAAAGUUAAUGAAGAUCAAACAAAUACAUUAUGGUAUAAACAUAAAAGACACUUUUUUAUUUUCACAUUUUCUGGAAAACCUGUAUUUACAAGAUAUGGUAAUGAAGAAAAUUUAACAAGCUUUUUUGGAACCUUAUUAGCUAUUUUAUCGAAAGUUGAAACAUUUAAUUUUAAUGAUAUAAAUUCUGAUAAUAAUAAAUCUAAUAAAAAAACAAAUGGAUUAUCUCCAAAAAAAAAUACACUAAAAUAUAUUAUUAGUAAUAAUACGAAAGUCGUCUUUUUAGAUAAAGAAGUUUUAUAUCUUGUUUGUAUUUCUAAAGUAAAUGAAAGCAUUAAUUAUAUAAUGAAUAUCUUGAAUUAUAUAUAUUCACAAAUUAUUUCCUUAUUGACAAAAAGCAUUGAUAAAUCAUUUCAAAUUAAACCUUCAUUUGAUAUAAGAUAUUUAUUAGAUGGAGCAGAUUUAUUAAUGUGUAAUUUAAUAUCUUCAUGUUCAAAAAAUUUAUAUUCCUUAUUAGAUGGAUUUGAACCUCUACCUUUAAAACCAGAUUAUCGUAAUAAAGUACAUAAUCUUAUAUCCUCUUUUAAAAUCAAUAAUGUCUUACUCUCAUUUUUAAUUAUAGAUGAUAAAAUUAUAGGUUUAUCAUUAUCAAAAUAUACAUUAAAUUCUAUGGAUAUAAUAAUACUUAUUAAUAUGAUCACAUCUAUGAAAUCAUUUAAAAAUGCGGAAUCAUGGACCCCUAUAUGUCUACCGAUUUACAAUCCAAACUUGUUCUUGUAUGCUUACAUAAAUUAUAUUAAGAAGAAGAUAUGUUGCGUUUAUAUUUGCUCACAUGCUUCUUCUCGGGAUUUUUUCCACCUUUCAAGGCAUACAUCCAUGAUUGAAUCGACACUAAUAAGCACUGGCUGCUAUGAUGAAAUAGUAAAGGCGUCAAACAAUGCACCUUUUGCCUUACCACAAAUUCCGGGAAUAGAUAUUAUACACUUAUGUUAUUACAUUCCAAACUUAAAACAAUAUUAUAGUUCUAAAAUUAGUAAUGAUAAAAUAAAGCGAAUAUUCAGGGUAUACCAAAAAUGUGAUGAUAUAAUGAAGGAUUGUAAAUUACCUACACAGAUUUAUAUAGAAAGUGAAUAUGAGAAAUUUUAUUGUAUUAAAACGAAUCUGUAUCAUUUAUAUUUAUCAGUUCCUUUCUAUGUAAUAAUUAAUGAUGAAAAUAUAAAUGAAAUUUUAAAAGUUAUUGCAACAUAUCAUAAAGAGAUAUUUAUUAAUAAUAUAAAGCAAAUAACAUCUUGA